CUCUCAGGGCUCUACAUCAGCCUGCUUUCUUCCUCAGGCGAGAGGGUGCCAGUCUCCCUGCCCUUACCAGGCCAUCUCAGCCUUGGGACCCUGCUAGGCAGCACCACCGAAGAGGGACAGAUCAUGGGCAGCUCUUACAGUCUGCGUGGAUUUGCUUGACUGGCUUCUGCAUUUGCUCGUCCGCUCGGGAAGUACAAUCUUAUGCAUCCGCUGGCAUCCCCUGGUAGUGGCACGUGUCUGUCCGCAAAAUGGAGAAAACCUUGAAGAAUGUCCUAGUGGUCUCAUGUGGGUUCUUCCUUCUCUUCACUGCCUACGGAGGCUUGCAGAAUCUGCAGAGCAGCCUCUACAGUGAGAAUGGCAUGGGGGUGGCCACACUCAGCACCAUCUACUGUACUAUGAUGCUGUCCUCCAUGUUCCUCCCACCUAUCCUCAUCAAGAGGUUUGGCUGCAAGUGGACUAUGGCAGGCGCCAUGUGCUGUUACAUGACCUUCUCCCUGGCCAACUUCUACGCCACCUGGUACACCCUGAUCCCGACCUCUGUCUUGCUGGGCCUGGGUGCAGGUCCCCUGUGGUCAGCUCAGUGCACCUACAUCACCAUCAUGGGAAAUUUGCAAGCGCAGAAAAAAGGGAAGAUUCCCAGGGACGUGGUGACCCAGUACUUUGGCAUCUUCUUCCUUAUAUUCCAAUCUUCUGGAGUGUGGGGCAACCUGAUUUCCUCACUGGUGUUCAGCCAGGCAAGCAAUAAAGACACCAUCCCCGAAGAUCAGCUCAUGCUCUGUGGAGCCAAAGACUGCGGCUCCGUGGGUACAGAGGCCAGCAAUAGUACCCAUCGGCCCUCCCAGCAGCUCGUCUACAUACUGCUGGGCAUCUUCAACGGCAGCAGUGUCCUGGCCAUCCUACUGGUGUCUGUGUUUCUUGAGUCUGUGGAAAGCAAACUGGUGAAUGACGGAGAUGCGCGGUCCAGGCCGCCACCCAUCUGGUCCGUUGUGCUAUCGACCUUCACGCUGUUUAAAGACAAGCGUUUGUGCUUCCUGAUUCUCCUGCCACUGUACAGCGGCUUCCACCAAGGGUUCCUCUAUGGAGAGUACACAAAGUCUUAUGUUACCUGUGCCCUGGGCAUCCGUUUUGUGGGGUACAUAAUGAUCUGCUUCUCGGGUUUCACCUCGACGUGCUCCAUGCUGUACGGGAAGAUCUCCAAGUACACAGGCAGGAUUGCGCUCUACGCGAUGGGUGCUACCAUUCACCUGUCCUGCUUUCUCACCCUCCUCCUGUGGCGCCCGACCCCGGCCCAGCUGCCCGUCUUCUUCGUCAUCCCUGCCUUGUGGGGGAUGGCAGACGCCGUGUGGCAGACGCAGAACAACUCUCUCUACGGCGUCCUGUUUGAGGCAAAAAAAGAAGCUGCUUUUGCGAACUACCGACUUGGGGAAGCCAUGGGAUUCCUCGUCGCCUUUGGGUACAGCUCAUUUUUGUGUGUGAGCACCAAACUCUACAUUCUCUUCGGCAUGUUGAGCGUGACUAUAACGGCUUACGGGACUGUGGAGUACAUGGAAUCCAGGGCCGCUAGCCAGGUCCCUGCUGUUGCAGAAGAGAGAAAUCAGCCCAAGAAAGAAGGGAAAGCAGAAAUGUGAGUGCAGCCAGACUGUGGCCCCAGAUUCAGCCUGGGUCAGCAGAGGAGGUGUGCGUAGCAACACCCAGUAGGUAGAUAUGGUUAUUCACAACCUGUUUCAGCAAUAUGUGAACAUUCUGAAGAGCA